UCACCCACCUAGACCUUCUAUUUGAGAAAUAUCUGUGUGACCGUCACCGAGUGGAAACAUGGCGGCGCACAGGCUCUCACCAUCACUGAACAAGCUGCUGUUUGCUGCAAAGUAUGCAUCAUGUCAGCCCAGAUGCUGUGCAGUUCACUCCAACGCUCAAUACUCCACCGUCUACAACUCCAGCGAAAAGACCUUUGAUAAGGUCCUGAUUGCAAACAGAGGAGAGAUUGCUUGCAGGGUGAUUAAGACCUGUAAGAAGAUGGGCAUCCAGACUGUAGCUGUGCACAGUGAUGUCGACUCCAGCGCUGUUCAUGUGAAGAUGGCUGACGAGGCGGUGUGUGUCGGCCCCGCCCCCACCAGUAAGAGCUACCUGAACAUGGACGCCAUCAUGGACGCCAUCAGACUGACUGGAGCUCAAGCUGUUCAUCCUGGCUACGGCUUUCUGUCUGAAAACAAAGAGUUUGCAAAGCGACUGGCAGCAGAGGAUGUGGCGUUCAUCGGCCCAGACACCCACGCCAUCCAGGCCAUGGGAGACAAAAUAGAGAGCAAGCUGAUCGCUAAGGCUGCUAAAGUCAACACCAUCCCGGGAUUUGAUGGAGUCGUCAAGAACGCUGACGACGCUGUGAAGAUCGCACAGGAAAUCGGUUACCCAGUUAUGAUCAAAGCGUCUGCAGGAGGAGGAGGGAAAGGAAUGAGGAUCGCCUGGAACGACGAAGAGACGAGGGAAGGUUUCCGGUUCUCGUCCCAGGAGGCAGCGUCCAGCUUCGGAGACGACCGGCUGCUCAUCGAGAAGUUCAUAGACAACCCCAGACACAUCGAGAUACAGGUUCUGGCUGAUAAACACGGUAACGCUCUGUGGCUCAAUGAGAGGGAGUGCUCCAUCCAGAGGAGGAACCAGAAGGUGGUGGAAGAAGCUCCCAGUACCUUCCUGGACCCGGUGACGCGGCGGGCGAUGGGGGAGCAGGCGGUGCAGCUGGCCAAGGCCGUGCAGUACUCCUCCGCCGGCACCGUGGAGUUCCUGGUGGACUCUAAGAAGAACUUUUACUUCCUGGAGAUGAACACGAGGCUACAGGUGGAGCAUCCGAUCACAGAGUGCAUCACCGGCCUGGACCUGGUGGAGCAGAUGAUCAGGGUUGCCAAGGGUUACAAACUGAAGCACAAACAGGAAGAUAUACCCAUAAAUGGCUGGGCCAUCGAGAGCAGAGUCUACGCUGAGGAUCCGUACAAGUCUUUUGGUCUUCCCUCCAUCGGAAGGUUGUCUCAGUACCAAGAGCCCAUCAACCUCAGCAACGUCCGUGUGGACAGCGGCAUCACGGAGGGAAGUGACAUCAGCAUUUACUACGACCCCAUGAUCUCUAAGCUGGUAACAUAUGGAGCUACUCGAGCUGAAGCUCUGUCCAGGAUGGAGGACGCUCUGGAUAACUACGUUAUUAGAGGUGUGACCCACAACAUUCCCCUCCUGAGGGAGAUCAUCACCCACCCUCGCUUCAUCUCCGGAGACAUCACCACCAACUUCCUGCCGGAGGUUUACCCCGACGGCUUCAAGGGUCACCAGCUGGAGGCGGAGAAACGCCGCGAGCUGCUGGCCUCGGCCGUGGCGCUCUACAUCACGGCUCAGCUCCGCUCACACAACGUCCUGGGGAACCUGAGGAUUUCUUCCUCUCCUGUGGCUUGUAGCCGCUGGGAGCUGGUUGUGGAGCUGGAGGACGGAUCUCAUCCUGUCGAGGUCACCAAGUCAGGAAAUGUUUAUACAGUGGAGGUGGAUGGAGGGAAGGUGGAGGUGAGUGGACAGUGGAACCUGGCCUCCCCACUGCUGCCGCUCACCAUCAACGGCACCAACAGGGUGCUGCAGUGUCUGUCCAGAGAUGCUUCAGGAAGAAUCGUCCUGCAGUACCUGGGCACUUCGUUUAAGGUCCGUGUUCUGUCCAAGUUGGCUGCAGAGUUCAACUCCUACAUGCCAGAAAAAGUUCCCGAAGACACCAGCAGCAUCCUGAAAUCACCGAUGCCGGGCACAGUGGUGGCCGUGUCCGUCAAGCCUGGAGACACAGUUUCAGAGGGCCAGGAGAUCUGUGUGAUCGAAGCCAUGAAGAUGCAGAACAGUUUGACUGCUGUCAAGCAAGCAAAGGUGAAGAGUGUCCACUGUAAGCCGGGGGAGACGGUGGGAGAGGGAGACCUGCUGGUAGAGCUCGAAUAACAACCCGACCUUUGACCUUUGAUGUGUGACAUCAGCACCAGGACGAGCCUUACCCUCUCUGUGUCCACGGAGGAAGAUCCACAACCAGACGGACAAUAACGGAACAGAAGCAUCGUUUAUCAGCCGGUGGUCCGUCUGUCUGUCUGACUCCAGAGUGUAUAUUUUAGUUUCCCUGAUGGCGACACAGAGACUCAUUCAUGUAGUUUGUUUUAAUGCAAUUACCUUGGGAAAAAUGGUUAUAAAUCUUUCCAUUAUUGCAAUAAAUAAUGUUCCUAUUUCUUA